UAAUUGGUGUGAAAUGUUGGGUUGGAUAUAGUAAAUGAAGUCUGUUCGGAAUCUAGGGUUUUAAUUCGGAUUCUCCGGCGAUCACCGUCGCAGUCAAAAAUUUUUAUUUUUUUUUUCAAUUUUCAGGCUCCGACGAUGGCGAUUCCCCAUCCGUACGAUCCAGUAUACUACAAUCUUCCAGCAAUUCCUCCACUAGAGUAUGCUGUUGGCUACGACGACCCUAACGCCAUUAACACACUCUUCGUUUCGGGUCUACCCGACGACGUUAAGGCCCGCGAGAUUCACAAUCUCUUCCGCCGUCGCCCCGGCUUCGAUUACUGCCAACUUAAGUACACAGGCCGCGGCAAUCAGGUUGUUGCAUUUGCGACUUUUGUAAAUCAUCCAUCAGCUAUUGCUGCUCUUCAUGCUCUGAAUGGUGUGAAGUUUGACCCUCAGACUGGUUCCACUCUUCAUAUCGAACUUGCAAGGUCAAACUCCAGACGAAAGAACAAGCCAGGACCUGGGGCUUAUGUUGUCAUUGAUAAGAGAUCCACAGCUACUAAAGAUGAUCAAGAAUCUAGUGAUGAUGGAGACAGUGAAACUGAAGAACCAUCUGAGUCCAAUAAAGAUGCUUCCACAAAAAGUGAUGAGGAGACAGCUGCGGAUCCCGAGAAUGCUGGAGCUGCAGAAAACGAGCAGACGGAAAAUACAGUCGACGGGGCAUGUUCAACUUUGUUUAUUGCAAAUUUAGGCCCCGCUUGCACAGAAUCUGAGCUUAAACCUGUUCUUUCUAGAUACCCGGGGUUCAACACACUCAAAGUUCGUAACAGAGGUGGAAUGCCUGUUGCAUUUGCUGAUUAUGAGGAGGUAGAACAAGCUACAGAGGUUAUGAAUGCCCUUCAGGGAAGCACACUGCCAUCAUCAGAUCGUGGAGGCAUGCAUAUAGAGUAUGCAAGGUCGAAAAUGAGAAAGCGUUAAGAAUGAAUAGUCUGUGAGCGGAACCUUGAUCUUAAGCUGAAUUCGGGUCUAUCUCAUCGUUCUCUCUUGUGUUAGAAUGUAAGAAAAAAGAGUAGGUUUGUUGUGGAUAAACUUGCUUUAGCGUUCCUAAUUAUUAAAUAACUAGCAAUGACACCCGCGCGCUGCAAACAUCGAAUGGAUUAGUCCAAACGUUAUGUGAUGCGUUAACCAUAUGAAAACACACGUUUCGACGUAUCUGAUUGAACUCAAUGCAACCUAUAUAAGCAUUGAAAUCAA